UAGGACCUUCUAUGUUUCAACUUCAGGGGGAAAACUAUCAUUUAAUGGGGAGCUUACAACCUAAUCAAGGGAAAGAUGCCAAGUUUGGUCAACUAUAUAUAGUUGACACUGAAAAUGAAGUUGAAAAUAGAGCAAAGUGUCUAAGGUAAUUUAAAAUCUAAUAGUAACCUGCGUAUACUUAUAUUUAUAAAGAUUGGGCAAAUGUUAAAAUUUUGUAUUUAUUCAUCAUUGAUCUUCUAAGUAAACGUUUUUAUAUAUAUUGCAGCUCAGGAAAAGUGAAUUUCAACGUGAAGAAGAAAGAUAAGCUGAAGCCUGAAAUUAUCAGAAUAUUAAUGAAGAUGUUAGAUGAGGUCAAUCCUUAUGUAAAGCAGUUUAGAUCAGCAAAAGAUCGUUUUCACACUGAUCCAGAUGAUGCCUUCCAUAUGCGGAUUGUUAGUGAUCGGGCACAAGAUGGAAGGACAUAUAAUACCCCCACUGCAUCUGAAGUUGCUGCACUCAUUCCUGGUGAUUUUAAUCUAGAUAUGGACAACAGGGAUAUUGUUCUUCAGCAACAAUCAGGCAAGCUGUUGAGGAUAAACGAAAUACAUGCUUCAUAUCUAGCACUUCAAUAUCCUUUAUUGUUUACUCAUGGAGAAGACGGAUUCAGAUUGGGUAUAAAGAAAGGUGUCACAGUAGCACGAUCCAAAAAGCUAAAGAAGCCUAAUAUCAGUAUGAGGCAGUUCUUUGCUUUCUGUCUACAUGAGCGUGAAAAUGAAUCACAUUGUCUCUUACAUGCUAGACGGCUGUUUCAGCAAUUUAUUGUUGAUGCCUACACAACUAUAGAGUCUAACCGUCUACGCUAUCUAAAAUUCAACCAGGCUACUUUGCGGUCAGAUAGUUAUGAUUCUAUUAAGGAGUCUGAGAAUUCUGGAAAGAUUGAUAUGCAGGAGCAAGGCCAAGAAUUCAGAUUGCCAGCAUCUUUCACUGGGAGUCCUAGAUAUAUGAAGAACAAUUACUUGGACGCUAUGACCAUUUGUAAACAUUUUGGAUUUCCAGAUCUGUUCAUCACUUUUACAUGCAAUCCUAAAUGGCCUGAGAUCACGAGGUUUUGUGAGAAAAGGAAUUUAAAGGUGGAAGAUAGGCCAGACAUUGUUUGUAGAAUAUUCAAGAUGAAACUUGAUGCAUUAAUGGAAGACUUAACCAAAAAUCACCUUCUUGGAAAGACUGUGGCAUCUAUGUACACUAUUGAAUUUCAGAAACGUGGCCUACCGCAUGCACAUAUCCUGUUAUUCAUGCACCCCACAUGCAAGCUUCCUAAUACAGACGAUAUUGACAAGAUUAUAUCUGCAGAAAUUCCAAAUAAGGAUGAAGAACCCGAACUUUAUUCUGUCAUUAAAGAUAUGAUGAUUCAUGGACCAUGUGGAGCUGCUAAUAGGAAUUCUCCAUGUAUGGAGAAUGGAGUGUGCUCAAAGUCCUUUCCAAAAUCAUUUGCUGAGAAGACAUCAGUAAAUAAAGAAGGGUUUCCGAUUUACAGAAGGAGAGAGCAAUCAGAUUGCUAUGUUGAAAAGAAUGGUGUUAGAUGUGAUAACCGAUUUGUUAUUCCUUACAACAAGAAACUUUCUCUUCGCUAUCGAGCUCACAUUAAUGUGGAGUGGUGCAACCAAGCUGGUUCAAUUAAGUAUUUAUUUAAGUACAUCAACAAAGGACAAGAUCGUGUCACAGUGGCUGUUGAACCUCCUGCUCAUAUCGUUGAUAGUAUGAUGGCAAAUGGUGAAGGAACUGCUCAAACAAGCACUGAAGGAAAUGUAGAGAAAAAGAAGAAUGAAAUAAAGGAUUUUUUCGAUUGCAGAUAUGUGUCUGCGUGUGAAGGGACAUGGAGAAUCUUCAAGUUUCCCAUUUACUAUCGGUCUGUUUCAGUGGAGAAGCUUAUUUUCCAUCUUCCCGGUAAACAAAAUGUUAUAUUCAAGGGGAAAGAUAAACUGAAAGCUGUCUUAAAUAAAAUAGAUGAUCUUGCAAAAACUCUAACAUAUGCUCAGAUACCAAAUUUCUUUACCUAUGACAAGAAAAAGAAGAAGUGGAAUAGGAGAAAAAGAGGUUUUAGCAUAGGAAGGAUUAACUAUGCUCCCAGGAUCCAGGAAAAUGCCUAUUUUCUGCGUGUGUUGCUUAACAUUGUCAAAGGUCCUACAAGUUACGAUGACAUUAAAACAUAUGAGGGAGUUCUUUACCCUAGCUACAAGGAAGCAUGUUCUGCUCGAGGACUAUUAGACGAUGAUCAAGAGUACAUAGAUGAUAUCUUAAGGAGAAGUCACCACUCUUCAGCAAGUGAAUUGCGACAGAUUUUUGUUAUAAUGCUGAUGAAUAAUAGUUUAUCUGCGCCUGAAGUUGUCUGGGAACGUACAUGGGAGCACCUUUCUGAAGAUAUUGAGUAUAACCGAAGAAGAUAUUUCAAUCGGCCAGGAUUACUGUUAAGUGAUGAGGAUAAAAAGAAGUAUGUUCUACAAGAGAUUGACAAUCUGUUGAAGCGUAAUGGUACAUAUCUUGGUAGAUUUAAGUCUAUGCCCAAGGUUCAGCGGACAAGUAGAGCUGAUUCUAACGUGUUGAUCCUAGACGAGCGCAACUAUUCACGUGCAGAAUUGUUAGAAACUCUUGAAAGGGAUAUUCAGAAGAUGACAGAUGAGCAAAAGAAGAUAUAUGAUGAGAUUCUUACUGCUUUGAAUGAAGAUAAAGGUGGAAUGUUUUUUGUCUAUAGAUUUGGUGGGACUGGAAAGACUUUUCUUUGGAAAUUACUUUCAGCAGCUAUUAGAUGUCGAGGGGAUAUAGUUUUGAAUUGUGCAUCAAGUGGCAUUGCGUCACUGUUGUUGCAAGGAGGUAGGACUGCACAUUCAAGAUUUGGGAUUCCAUUAAAUCCAGAUGAAUUUUCUUCAUGUACAAUGACUCAUGGAUCUGAUCAAGCUAAUUUAGUUAGAGAGUCUUCACUCAUUAUAUGGGAUGAAGCACCAAUGAUGAACAAACAUUGUUUUGAAGCUUUGGAUAGAAGUUUGACUGACAUUAUUGGUAAGGAUAGCAAUAGUCCUUUUGGUGGGAAAGUUGUUGUAUUUGGAGGUGAUUUUAGACAGGUUCUUCCUGUUAUAAAUGGAGCAGGCAGAGCUGAAAUUGUGUUGGCUGCACUGAAUUCAUCAUAUCUUUGGGAACACUGCAGAGUCCUACAACUCACAAAGAACAUGCGAUUGAUCUCUGAGUUUUCUGAGUGGAUAUUAAGUGUUGGGGAUGGGAAACUUAAUGAACCAAACGAUGGUGAAGCAGAGAUAGAAAUUCCUUCUGAAUUUUUGAUUAUGGACUCAGAUGAACCUAUUGAAGCAAUCAGCAAAGCUAUGUAUGGAGACAUUCUUUCAUUGCAAGAGAACAAAGAUCCUAAGUUUUUUCAACAAAGAGCUAUCCUAUGUCCAACUAAUGAAGACGUCAAUAUGAUUAAUCAGCACAUGUUAGAUAAACUUGAAGGUGAAGAAAAGAUCUAUCUCAGUGCAGAUAGUAUUGAUCCGUCUGAUACGAGUUCAGUGAACAAUGAAGCUUUGGGUGCUGAUUUUCUUAAUACUAUUAAGGUUUCUGGUUUGCCAAACCAUAGUCUGCGACUCAAGAUAGGCUGUCCUGUUAUGGUUCUGCGAAACAUUGAUCCGACUGCUGGGUUAAUGAAUGGAACAAGACUUCAGAUCACAGAACUUAUGGAUUUUAUGGUUGGAGCUAGGAUAAUAACUAGAGAAAAAGUUGGGAAAAUUGUGUACAUUCCUAGAUUGCUGAUAACACCAUCAGACACAAGAUUACCCUUUAAAAUGCGCAGAAGACAAUUGCCUUUGGCUGUGGCGUUUGCAAUGACAAUAAAUAAAAGUCAAGGUCAAUCACUUUCCGAAGUUGGUCUCUUUCUCCCAAGACCUGUGUUCUCACACGGACAGUUAUACGUGGCAAUUUCGAGGGUCACAUCAAAGAAAGGAUUGAAAAUUCUGAUAGUAGACAAAGAAGGAAAACCUCAAAAGAAAACUAUGAAUGUUGUUUUCAAAGAAGUUUUCAACAACCUUGAAUCAAAAGGGGCGUGAUAAGGUAUGUAAUUUUACUUUCAUACUAAGGGUGUUUGUUCACAAACUCAAUUUCUAUAUUUUUAGCGUGAUUUUUAAAAAUGCAGAUUUUGAUCUUGGUUUGUGAAGUCAGACAUCAAAGCAUCAGGAAGACCGUGGCUUUGAAAGAGAUACUAUUGAAUAUUUGAUUGGAUUUUUCUCUUUGUUUUUUUUUCAUGUUCUACUGCUUCCUAUUUACUAAACUCAUAUAUGUACUAUUAGGAUGAUUUUUAUUUGGAAGAAGUUUAAUUUACAUAAUCCAUCUAUCGUACUUUGACAAACAACUUAAACACUCAAUCAAAAUGACAUUUAAAAAUACCAUACUUCAAUCAACAUUCAUCAAACAAUCUCCGGUUAUAAUCCUAACUACCAUUUCUCAGUUCACAGCCUAUAAAUUAACUACUGGAAAUGUACUAACCUGAAAACGAAUUGGAUCAUGUUUUGUCUCUCUCCCAUGUCCUUCACCUCCUGACAAAGCUCUGGCUCUAUAAAUGGCAUCAGACACCUGUUCAUAAAUAUAUACAUAGAUAACUUAUCUCACUAUAAUCUAGAAACUAAAGAUCUAACUAUACUAUAAGACAAUUAAAAAAAUUUAACUUGUAGGAUUAUAGAAGACAAAGUUUUUAUUAAGUUCAUCAAAGAUCUAAGCCUUACUAGCUUAUGAAGCAAAUCAGGCUGUUCUUCAAAAAGGUCAUGCAAAUGCUUUCGCAUCUGAUCCUGGAGUCUCACAGCAUUCUUCCCCGCAACACUAUAUCAUAGUUUUGGUGCGCCCCAGUGCAUGUAAUUCCUCGAAUACAAGUGGUGAUCUUCAACAUGCUAUUUUGCGGAAACAAAAUAAUGAAUGUCAGUAGUCGAAAACAAUAAAACGAGAUAAUCAGUAGUGAA